AUGCUGCGCUCACGAUUGCUCAUUCAACAUCUUCAACUUGCGCGGAGCUCCACAUUCAAUGGAAUCAUCCCAACCGACAAAAUUGAAAAGCGAUUUUCGCUAAGUAGCGGGCCAGGCGGACAAAAUGUGAAUAAGAAUGCGACAAAAGUUGAAAUUCGCUUCAAACUCGGUGAGGCAACUUGGCUUGAUGACACAUUGAAAGAUUCGAUUAGCGAGAAACUUGCGCAUCGUAUCAAUUCGGCUGGAGAGGUUAGUUUCUUGAGAAAAACGUGAUUUCACGAGCUUUUGAAGAAAAUAAAUAAAUUUUCAGUUGAUAAUCGACAGUGAUCGAACUCGCCAUCGCCAUCUAAACGUCGCCGAUUGUUUCGACAAACUUCGCAGCGAAAUCUACGCAAUUCAAGAGGAUCAGGGAAAGCGAACGAUUUCUGAAAAAGACGAGAAAAUUCUUCGCGAUCGACAAAUUCUAUCAAAUCAAAGACGCUUGGCUGAAAAACGAAAACUUGCCGAGAAACGAGAAUUUCGCGGAGCCGUUGAGCUAUAA